GCAGCCAUCUGUUCGCCGUAGCCACUCUAAAAUAUUCCCUUCUCUUCCUUCUUCCACAAACUUGCUGUUUAGCCCGGAGGUGCCUCUGUGAGCAGCGGGACGUGAAGCUGAAAGGAGAAAAAUGAAGCUUUUAGGUUUAGUUGUGGUAAUAUUUGCAGUCUACUGCGCUCACGCUAAGGUUUAUUUUCGGGAGGAGUUUCUGGACGGUGAUGAAUGGAGAAGUCGCUGGGUUAACUCCAAGCACAAGUCUGACUAUGGAGAGUGGAAACUGACUGCUGGAAACUUCUAUGGAGAUGCUGAAAAAGACAAAGGUCUGCAGACGAGCCAAGAUGCCCGCUUCUACGCCGUCUCUGCCAGCUUCGACCCGUUCAGCAACGAGGGGAAGUCUUUGGUCAUUCAGUUUACGGUCAAGCAUGAGCAGAAGAUCGACUGUGGUGGCGGCUACGUGAAGGUCUUCCCUGCUGACUUGGAGCAGACUGAAAUGCAUGGGGAAUCCUCAUACUACAUCAUGUUUGGCCCUGACAUCUGUGGCUACAGCACCAAGAAAGUCCACGUCAUCUUUAACUACAAGGGCAAGAAUCACUUGAUCAAGAAGGAGAUUAAGUGCAAGGACGAUGAGCUGACCCACCUGUACACGCUGAUCCUGAACCCAGAUCAGACCUAUGAGGUGAAGAUCGACAACGAGAAAGUGGAAUCUGGCAGUCUGGAGGAAGACUGGGACUUCCUGCCUCCCAAGAAAAUUAAGGAUCCCGAAGCCAAGAAACCAGAAGACUGGGAUGACCGCCCCAAGAUCGACGACGCCGAUGACACAAAACCCGAGGACUGGGAUAAACCUGAAAACAUUCCUGAUCCUGAUGCUAAGAAGCCUGAAGACUGGGAUGAAGACAUGGAUGGAGAAUGGGAGCCACCGAUGAUCCCCAACCCAGAGUACAAAGGAGAGUGGAAACCCAAACAGAUCGACAACCCCAACUACAAGGGAGUCUGGGUUCAUCCUGAAAUUGACAAUCCCGACUACAGUCCCGACUCCACCAUCUACAAGUUCGACAACAUCGGCGUUCUUGGCCUUGACCUUUGGCAGGUGAAAUCUGGUACGAUCUUUGACAACUUUUUGAUCACCGACGACGUGAAGGAAGCUGAAGAAAUCGGGAAGGAGACGUGGGGCGUGACGAAGGAACCGGAGAAGAAAAUGAAGCAAGAGCAGGAUGAGGUGAAGCGAAAAGAGGAAGAGGAGAAGAACAAAGAGCAAGCCACUGAGGGCGAUGAAGACGACGACGAGGUGGAAGAGGACGAAGAGGAGGAUGAAGAUGCAAAGGACGAGACUCAUACAGAAAAUGAAGACGACGAGUCAAAGCCCAAAGAUGAGCUUUGAGACGGUGUAGCUAAAACAGAUUUAUCUAAAAAAAAAAGAAUUUCAGCCCCUUC